AUAAUGAGAAUGUGAAGAGAAGAUAUCUUGGCACCUCAGCAAAGAUCCAAACUCACCAUAUUCUCUACGCCUCUUCGUCUUCUUCUUCUCCGAUAAGCGGUGGGUGGACUCUAGUGUAGCUCUUCUUCUUCAAUCAGAUCUGGUGUGACUGUCUAUCGCAGUGAAGAGAUGGGGAAAAAAGCAAAGUGGUUUUCUAGCGUUAAGAAAGCAUUCAGCCCUGAUUCUAAGAAGUCUAAACGCAAAUCUCCGGAGAGCUCUAAUGGUGUGGUCUCUAACCCUCCUCCCCCUCCCCUGGCGGACCACCACGCCAGGCAAUCUUCUCCUCCUCCUCUUGAGGUGAGAGUAGCUGAAGUGAUUGUUGAACAGAACAUCAACCUUUCCGCUCCUUCGACAGAUGCUGUGAAUGCUACGACGUCUGAUAUUCCUGUAGCUCCAUCUUCAUCUGCUGCUCCUCCUGAGGUGGUGGUUCGUCCUCGUGCUGCUGCACCUACUCGGUUUGCUGGAAAGUCUAACGAAGAAGCGGCUGCUAUCUUGAUUCAGACUGUAUUUAGAGGCUAUUUGGCAAAAAGAGCAAUCCGGGCAAUGAGGGGUUUGGUCAGGCUCAGGUUAUUGAUGGAAGGAUCUGUUGUUAAACGCCAAGCUGCAAACACUUUAAAAUGUAUGCAGACUCUCUCUCGUGUGCAGUCACAGAUCCGAGCUAGGAGAAUCAGAAUGUCUGAAGAGAAUCAGGCUCGCCAGAAACAACUCCUUCAGAAGCAUGCCAAAGAGCUUGCUGGCUUGAAGAACGGUGACAACUGGGAUGAUAGCAUUCAGUCAAAGGAAAAAGUUGAAGCUAAAUUGCUGAGCAAGUACGAGGCAACUAUGAGAAGGGAAAGGGCAUUGGCUUAUGCAUACACUCAUCAGCAAAACUGGAAGAACAAUUCUAAAUCAGGAAACCCAAUGUUCAUGGAUCCUAGCAAUCCGACAUGGGGUUGGAGCUGGUUAGAGAGAUGGAUGGCUGGUCGACCAUUAGACAACAGUUCCGAACAAAACAACGACAACGCUGCCUCAAAACCUAUAACCCGCAACAACUCAACUCAACCAAACACACCAUCAUCCGCAAGAGGUGGCGGCGGCACUCCAAGAAACAAAAACAGUUUCUUCUCACCUCCAACUCCCUCAAGGCUAAACCAAUCCUCCAGAAAAUCCAACGACGACGACGCCAAGAGCACAAUCUCGGUCCUAUCCGAGAGGAACCGUAGACACAGCAUCGCUGGCUCAUCGGUGAGAGAUGACGAGAGCCUCGCUGGCUCGCAGACUCUCCCGAGCUAUAUGGUUCCGACUAAAUCAGCUAGAGCCAGGGUCAACAAGCCGCAGAGCCCAUCGAGCGGUGGUGGUACCACUCAGGAGAACGAUGGCUUUACGGCUAAGAAACGCCUCUCUUAUCCGGCUUCGCCUGCGUUGCCUAAACCACGGCGGUUCUCAGCUCCUCCUAAGGUGGAGGGUGGCGGCGGUGUCGCCGUGACCAAUGGAGGAGGAAGCUGAGGUAAUUUAUUUAUUACUGUCUUUUUUUUAUAAAGAUAUUUAUGAUUCCACUUUUUAUGUAUCUGUCGGAAAUGGUUGUAUGUUUGUUGUACGUUCACUUUCAGUUGGUAAUUCAUUUGUGCAGAGUGUAAACGCGUGUCAUUUAUUUUCUUAUACUCCAAUAAAUUUCAAUAUUCGACUUAAGGUUACCUUUUCAAUU